GUAAAGACCUACACCUGCAUGUAGUCCUGUCGCCACCUCAUUUCCAUUUAAGGAAAAAAUCAGGGCAAAGUAAAUGAUGCGGUUUUGUACGCCUGUUUACCUGUCAGUAGGAUUUGAAAGCUUCUGGAUACUAUUUUAUUCUGCCGCUUCAUACGUCUGCUUCCGCCUUUGCUCGGUGUGUUCUGCACAUCCAGAGUGUCACCUGCUGGCAGAGUCUGUGUUACCUGAAGAGGAUAACACACCAGCUACCAGGACUAUCUCACCUGAAAGAUGAUAAUUUUCUAAGAACAACAAACGACACAGCUUGGUUUACUUACCUCGAGCCAAUGAAACGUAUUCAAACAUUCAGCGCUAUGGUUCUCGUUGUCACUUUAUUUCUGAUCUUCUUCUACUCGUCCCUACACCUAGAGACGACCCAUAGUCACAGGGCUGAACGAGAGGACCUCCUGAAGCAUCCCAACCUCCAGGUCCAUGACCCUGAUAUGAAAACACAAUCCUCCAAGCAGGACAACUUCACCACCCCUCACCCUGAUGUCCACAGUGUGUCUGUUUCUGACGGUUUCAGACAGAGCAUCCCACAAAACGGAGCAUACUGGAACCGUCUGCUGUACUCGGCCCUCAGGAAUCUGGACAUUGGAGUAAAUCCUCUCAGACAUGACUCUGAUUUAUCUCCCUGCAGGGAGAUAAAUCAAGAGCUUCUGCAAACCAAUGUGCACGACAUCACCUCCUACCCUGUCUUAUUCCACAACUUUUUGCAGGGCAUGAACUGCAAGUCCGCUCCAGUCCUGAUCAAUCAACCCAACAAGUGCAUCUUCUCUGAAGGGGAGGGAGACAACCAGACCUUCCUGCUUUUUGCCAUCAAGUCAACUCCUGGAAACUUUGAGCAGAGACAGGCGGUGCGGGAGACCUGGGGGCGAGAGGGGGUGUAUCAGAGUAGAUCAAGAGUGCGUACAGUGUUUCUCCUGGGUACCUCCUCGCUGGACGACCCUGACCUCGGCCCACUACUGUCAUUUGAAGCAAACCACUUUGGGGACCUCCUGCAGUGGGACUUCCGUGAAUCCUUCUUGAACCUGACGCUCAAAAUGAACAUGUUCCUCCAGUGGAAACUGAAAAACUGUCCUCAUGUCUCCUUUGUCUUUAGUGGGGAUGAUGAUGUAUUUGUCAACACCCCAGCAUUACUCAGCUACCUGCAGUCUCUGGAGCCUUCGAAGGUCUCUCAGUUGUAUGUUGGACACAUAAUAAACACAGCAAGUCCCCUCAGGGACCCUAAAAGCAAAUACUACAUUCCGCUGAGCUUCUAUGACGGCCCAUACCCUGCUUAUGCUGGUGGAGGUGGUUUUCUUAUCUCUGGAGCGUUGCUGCAACCCCUAUAUUCAGUUUCACAUGUCAUUCCUUUCUUCCCCAUCGACGACGUCUACACUGGGAUGUGCUGUAACGCUCUAGGAGUUUCUCCUGAGGCACACACAGGCUUUCAGACCUUUGACGUCAAGGAGGAGGAUCGCGAGAAUCUGUGUGUACAUAAAGAUCUUAUUCUGAUUCACCAGCGCUCCCCAAGGCAGAUGAAGAGGCUGUGGAAGGGAAUUCACAACCCCUUACUGACUUGUUGAACAGGACUGGUGAGCAAAAGAUGCAGCAACAGAAUCGCAAAUUCUGACUGCAGGGACAUAUACAAGCCUUCCAUCAUUGUCCCCUUCACUGUCCCAUUUCAAGAUUAUGCAGCAGAUGGAAUUGUAAUUGUUGGUAUUGUACUGUCCACUGUUGACGACAUGCAUGGAAUCAAACUUGUAGCAUGAAUUAAAUUGUGCAGUAAAGCAAUGUUAAGUUUUACCAGUACUGGAUGUCAUCAUAGACAUUCUUAACCAUGGACCAUUUGAACACUUUUUUUGAUGUCAUUAAUUAACCCAAUUUCCAUUUUCCUAUUGAAUUUAAAUAAAGAAUUCAACCAAGACAA